AUGACGAAAAUGCCCUCGGCGGGGCAUAGAAAUAACAGGCGGUGGCACGCUGGAGGGCACAGCACUAAUUGCGACAGUGUUUUUGGUUUGAUCCGACGGUCGAGGUCUUCCGGGAGCGAGAUCGAAUGCUACUCCGACUCAAGGCCGCCAUCGGACAUCGCGCCCCACAUCUCCGAGCGGCAACUGGCUGUCGUCGACACGGUGAGCUCCACGGCGGGGCCCAGCCCCGCCGGCGUAGGUGCCUUCGAGGCAUCGCAUGACGUUCACCGUGCCCGCUUCCGGCACAUCUACGACGUGGAUGAGCUCACGCCAUCCGCGCUCAAGCUGCAAGGUGGCCACCUCUCCCCUUCUUUCCUUUCCGGCAACGCCGCCCCUAAUUUACAAUCAUUUUAUUACUAUUUUGGAGAUUUCAAAAUCCUGACUGACAAGGCUGAGCCCCGUGGUGUCGCUGACCUGCAUGCAGAUCUUCGGCUCGACGAAAUGCACCGGAGCACCACCCAGCGCCCGGGCCACCGCCGCGGCGCCGGCCGGGCUGCCGCCAAGCGCGACCGCCUCAGCGCCCUCCCGGACGAGCUCCUGCACCACAUCAUGUCAUUCUUGAAGGCGUGGGAGGUGGUCCGCACCUGCGUGCUCGCACAGCGGUGGCGCCACCUCUGGGCGUCCGUGCCCUGCAUCGAUCUCCGCGUGCGCCCCUCCACUGGCCGCUACGGCGACCCGCCUGAGAAGUUCCGCGACUUCGUGCACCGGCUCUUCCUCCUACGUGAAGUGUCAGGCCCCGUGGUCAUGCUCCGCCUACGGUCGAGCGACGAAGAAGCAGGCUUCACCGAUGAUGACGCCAGCGUGUGGAUGAGGGCCGCCAUCAAGCGCAACGCGCGGGUUAUCCAUCUCACCGGGCGUUGCUUGGAGAUCGCGUCGUUGGACCGCGUGUCGUUCAUCUCUUGCCACCUCAAGGUCUUGAAGUUGUCGUAUGCCAUGCUCGACUACAGGAUCCUCCGGCAGCUUUCUUCUAGUUGCACGUCUUUGGAAGUACUAGGUCUGAAGGAUUGCUUGGUGGCGGGCCCUAGGAUUGUGUCCGCCUCUUUGAAGACAUUAAUCAUGCUCGAAUGCGAGAUCAGUUGCGCCUUCUCCAUUGCUGCUCCGAACCUCCUACUUCUGCACCUCAUCACACCUUACGUCCGAGUCCCAUCAUUCAAGAAUUUGGGGUCUCUUGUCACAGCUACUAUCAUACUUGAUGACUCUUUCUUGGGUGAUGACAAUGAAUACAUCAGUGAUGAAGAUUACUGUGAUGGAACUACUGAUGACGACGGGGAUGAUAGCGACUACAAUGAUUGGACAGAGAGCUCGAAGAUUCAUGAUGAGUCUUCCUUGAGUGAUAAUGUUGGAUAUGAUGAUUUUAUAAGGUUUGGAUAUCGACAUGGUUUUGCUGAAGGAAUUUACAGGCAUGAUCGUUACAAGGAUAAUUAUAAUUAUGGUGGUGAUAUCGACAACAAUGACAAUACCUAUGCAUACAGUGAGAUUGCAAAUGAUGCAAAGUAUGGCUACAAAGGUAAAGGCCUGAUUUCCAGUAAAGACAGUAUCUAUGGUGGAUAUAGAGAAUGCAAUGAUGCGAAGAUUUUAGGUGGCCGUCAUAUUCUUCAGAGUCUUUCAAGUGCUAGAACUUUGGAGUUGUUGACUGAUGCUGGAGAGGUUGUUCUGAGUAGGGAACUGAAUACAUGUCCAAAUUUUGGCAACCUGAAGACCCUGUCUCUUGGCGAAUGGUGUAUGACUGCAGACUUUGAUGCAUUAAUUUUCUUGCUGCAGCACUCACCUAAUAUACAGAAGCUCUUUCUCCAACUUAAAAUUAACUUCAAUGCCAGAGAGGCAUCAGAAACAUGUAUCAAACUACGGGGAAGAUCAUUUACUUGCAAAGAUCUUCGAAUGGUGAAGAUCACAUGCUCAAAGGAUGAUGGGAGAGUCCAUAAGCUGGCAAAUUUGUUUAUGGCAAAUGGUAUACCAGUCGAGAAAAUUUAUGUCCGCCACAGCGGGAGUGUUUAUCUCCGCAACCAGAAGCAGAUGAAGGAGUUCUGGGGGAUGUAAUAUCCAACAUCAUCAUGAGCAACUGAUCGUGCUCUCAAAGCUGCGCUGGGUUUCUUGAUUGCCUCUUUUUUGGUAACAUUGAUGCCGUUGGUGAUAAUUGGAUCGUUGGAAUGUUGUUGCCGGUGGGAUAAGCUGAGAACUUCAUCUAGUAGUAGGUCUAGCCUCUAGUACAACUUUGCUUUGUUCCUGGAACGGAUAUGAAUGCUCGUCGUUUGAAUGCUUCAGACUUGAGAAUGGUGCAUCUGAGU